UUUUUUUGUUUGUUUACUGUAGGUGAACGGCCUGCGGCUGGUAGAGGAGGUUCAUCAGCAGUGCACGGAGCUGCACCAGCUGAUAGAGCAGCGGGAGCGGAGCAUGCUGGGUACGGUGUACCGUGAGAUGGAGAAGAAGCUGUGUGUGUUUGAGGACCAGAUCACGGUGUACAAAGGGCAGCAGCGUAAAGGAGAAGGCCUGGUACAGUUCAGUAGGGAAGCGCUCAAAGAACAGGACAAGGCCGCUUUUCUGCAGACGGUCCACUCCUUGAUAGCCCGGGUACGAGAGACCACGGAAGAUCGGCCGGCGCUCACGUUCCCAACACGGCCGAGUUUUGAAAACCUGAAUCUCGACCUGGAGGACGCGAAGAUUCAACUGGAAAAGAUCGACCUACUGGACAACAACAACGUCCUGUCAGACUCCGGUGUUAAACUGGAGAGGAAAGACAGUGAGAGAAGCGUUUAGAUAAAACAGAGCUUUGUGAGGCCUUUCUGAGCGUCUAACGUUAGCACAGAAGUAAUGCUAUCCGUUACGUAACCAUUUUCUAAACAUAGCACAACGUUACGUUAAUUACAAAAUUUUUGAUGAUAUAUUUCGGUCAAUCUUACCUCCAUAUUUACUUUGUAAAUUGCCUUCAGGUGCUCUGGUCGUGAAUAUAUUGUACAUCUAU